AUGGCCCGUACUCGCACGGCCACGUCUUCCGCACAAGCAGGGAGUGCUGAAGCCGGUCCUACAAUGACAAGAACCGGCACAAACGGCGAGCUCGUAGAGUCAAAACCAGGUCUGCCUACCAUCCGCCUCUUUCCCCACCAGGAUAACAACAGAGCCGGCAGACCAUCGCUCAAUUUCUCCCCAAUUUCGCGCACGUUACCGAGCGAGCAGAGCACUAUAAGAGUUGGACGUUAUUCGGAGAGGGAAGGACCUCCAACCGCAAACCCGACCGUACCCUCUGAUGCUGCCAUCGGUUUCAAAUCAAAAGUUGUUAGCCGCAAGCAUUGUGAAUUCAGCUUUGUUGACGGCCAAUGGCAGAUCAGGGAUGCGGCAAGUAGCAGUGGCACUUUCCUCAACCACAUCCGUCUGAGCCAGCCAAACCAGGAAUCAAGGCUAUAUCCAGUCAAAGAUGGUGAUAUCGUGCAGCUAGGCAUAGACUUCCGAGGUGGUGAGGAAAUGAUCUUCCGCUGCGUCAAAAUAAGAAUAGAGUGCAAUCGUUCGUGGCAGAAGAAACCAAACAAUUUCAACAAGCAAAGGCAGGCUCAAUUAAGAGGCCUGGCCAAAGAUCAACCGUCCGCAGAUUCAAACAGCAGUGAAUGUUCCAUUUGCUUGGGCAACGUCUUGCCCUGUCAAUUUCUCUUCGUAGCACCAUGUGCUCAUGCGUGGCAUUACAAAUGCAUCCGCCCUAUGUUAGAAGGCCGGAACAGCUAUUAUCCACAAUUUCAAUGUCCGAACUGUCGUGCUUAUGCCGAUCUUGAGGCUGAUGUUGACGUUAAUAUGGAGGAUUGGGCUGAAGAGGAAUCGGCUGACCAGGAUAAAGAUCUGCAAAUCGACCAAUCUGCCCGACCUGGUACCGCGGCCAAUCCUGAAGUCAUCUAUGAUGAUCCAGAGCCAGCAGGAGCAACGUCAGAUGGGAGUGCCGACGAAACCCGCAUCACUGAAGUUGCACCAAACAUACAUACUAGCCUGAGCAACUCAUCUCUCCUGGCUAGAAGGCAGGAUAGGAUCGCUUCCCCGGCAGGAGGCAAUCUGUCCCCUCCAGUACAGACAAUUCCGAUGCCAGCGAGGCCAACCGAGACCGAAAUGCACCACAUCUUAGCACAGCAGCGUACGCAAACCGAAUCACCAAACGCGGACCAGAUCAUAGCUGGAGAGGGACCGCUUACUCCUAGGAACAACGCAGGCCCAUUCGUAUUUGAUGGAAGUGGUUCACGGAUGGGUAGCAGAAGACAUCUUAAUGUGCCAAGUCAGAGUCUGGAUGAGCUUAGCAGUGACGGAAUCGAAUAA